AUGGCUGCUGAAGCUUCCAACGUCAAUGGGAACAAGUCCCUGGCCGCUAUGCUGGAGGAAAAGCAUGAGAAGGACGCCGCACACAAGGCAACUGUUGAAGCAGUUCCGGAUGAGGAUGACAUCCAACACCCUCCUCCAUCGUCGUUGGUGAACGAGAGCAAGCCAGACGCUCCGGCAGCCGCUCCGACACCUGCCCAAGCUGCCCCGGCUCCGACCCCCAAGCCUGCUUCCAGGAAUGGCCCCGCUCUUGACGUACAAUCGGAGGAAUUGUUCCCUGCCUUGGGAAGUGGUCCCAAGCCAACGACUCCGGCUGCGGCCACCUGGGGUGCUAAACCAUCGGCUGCUGCCGCGGUUGCCAACGGUUCCAAGGCCCAUGGUGGGUUUGGUCCUUCUGAUGUGCCCAGGAUCAUGAGUCUUCCUGGAAAGCACAUGGAGCAGCUCCGGCUUGCGCCUUCUCAGAUGCUUCCUCGGGGUCAACUCAAGAAGCCUCUCCGCGAUAUCCUCCGUGAUAUUUCCAAGCGUUCCAAGGCCAAUGUCGACAUGCGGGGUGGACCCGGAGGGUCGAUCAUUUUUGAGGGUAAGGGCUCCGUAGAUGCUGUCAGACAAGCCCUGAAGGAUGUUGCGCAGCAAGUUGGAUCCAAGCAAUCCGUCCGUGUCCCAAUCCCAACUUCUGCUCGUCCGCAUAUCAUUGGUCGGCAAGGCGCCGUGGUUCAGGACAUUCAACAGCGCACCGGUGCGCGUGUCCAAGUUCCCCGAGUCGACGAUCCUGCCGCUGGAGGCGAAGACGAUGAUAGCGACACCAUUGACGUGUUGAUCGAAGGAGAUGCCGUCGCCGCGGAGAUGGCUCGUCGGGAAAUCGAGGCAAUUGUGAAGGAACGGGCCUCCAACAUUAGCUUGCGAGUCAAGUCGAUCCCGCCAGAGUUCUUCCCUUUCAUCGCAGGUGCUCACAACUCUAACCUUCGAGGAAUUGAAGAGCGUACCAGUGCUCAGGUUCAUGUGCCUCGCUACGACACCUGGCAAAACCAGCCUCCACCCCAGGAGGCGGUUCCGGGCCAGGUGCAAUUCGUGGCAGUCCCCGACAAGGCUAUUCAUAUCUCCGGAGAGCGCACGGCGGCCCAGGAGGCUCGUGCUGAGAUUGAACGACUGGCCAGUGAGUUGCAACGCCAGUUGACCCUUCGCGAGCUGGCGAUCAACCGUGGUCAGCAUCAGUUCAUUUUGGGUGACAGAGAUGACGCCCUGCACGAGUUCCUUGCCGAGACAGGCUGUGCGAUUGUGUUGCCUCCACCUUCCGAUGAGAGUGAAUUUCUCACCGUUACGGGCCCAUUAGACUGCAUCGAGGCAGGUAUCAAUCGGGCCAUGGAUCAGGCGACGAGCAUGCAGAUGGCAAGCAUUGACUUGUCCCGUCAGCACGCCGGCGCUCCUGCCGGACCUCACGCGCACGCUCGUGCUCUCACCCGGUACUUGAGACAGCGUCAGAUCAUCAAUGAGCUUGAAAGAAUGCACGACGCCCGCAUCGCUCUUCCUCCUACGUCCGACGGCCCCGUGACAUGGGAGGUGUACUCGCGUGACGGAAAGAACACCAUUCGUGCCCGUUCCGACAUCAUGAACCUCGUUCAAGCCCACCCACCCUCAAGGAUCCGUCACGUCUCUGUCGACCCUUACUUCCACCCCUACCUCAGCUCCCGGAGCGUAUCCAAACUGCAAGAUGACUACGGAGUGCGUCUGAUGGUUCCUGACGAUGUCGACAGCCCCGAGGUUGUGCUCGUCUACGAGGGUCCGUCCGCCAACACUGCCAACUUCGAGAUUCCCCGUCAGCGGCCCGCCCCUGCUGAGCUUACAGCCUUCGAGAAGGCCCUCCAAGAAGCGCAUGACUACUUGAUGGGCACUCUGGGCGACCAGAGCAACGUGGUGGCCAAGUCGGCCAGCGUGCCUGCCAAGUACCAGGAGAAGGUCCGAAAGUUCAUUGCACGUGAACAGCAAGCUAAGGGUGAGGACUCCAUUCCUAUUCGCGCCUUAGUUGGCGACAGAACUGGAGCUUCGUGCGACGUUUCGCUACGUGGUCCUUCUGGCUCUGUAGACGAGUUGAUCUCCAAGCUGCAAGCCUUCGUGGUUGAGCAGGAGAAGGAUGACCUGGAGCGAGGAUACACCACCUCGUUUGACUUCCCGCAGAAGUACGCCAACUUCCUCAUUGGCAAGCGCGGCGAGAACAUCAACAAGCUGCGUGACGAGUUUGAUGUCGACAUCAAGGUGGACAGUGGCAAGGUUGAGGUCAAGGGCCCCAAGGCUAAGGCCGAUGCUGCUAAAAUCCGGAUCAUCAACCUCGGCAAGAAGCUGGAGGAUGAGACCACGCAUGUCCUGAAGAUUCCCGCCCAGUAUCACCGUGAGUUGAUUGGGCAGAAAGGUAGCCAGGUCAACCGCCUCCAGGACCGCUACGCUGUUCGCGUUCAGUUCCCCCGGGCGACGAUCUCCGAUGACCAGUCGCAGGCCGAGACAUCCAGUGAAGUCGGUGUUUCUCGCGCCGCUCGCUCUGACGAGGUGGUCGUGAAGGGUCCGAGCAAGGGGGCUGAUUCCGCCCGCGACGAGAUUCUCAGUCUCUUGCAGUGGGUGGUGGACCACUCGUACUCGACGUCGGUAUCUGUGGCUCAAAGUCAGGUUCCGUCGCUCAUUGGUGCGCGCGGGCGUGAGAUGGACCGUCUCCGUGCGGACACUGGAGCGCAGAUUGAUGUUCCUGGAGCAAAUGAUGCACCAGAUGCUUCUGGGCGCGUGCAGAUUAAGGUCAAGGGUACCAAGCAGCAGGUUGAUGAAGCAAAGAAAUUCCUGCAGCAGCGUGCAUCGGAGUUUGACUCUACAAUUACCAAGACCAUUGACGUGGACAAGAAGUACCACAAGGCUCUGAUUGGUGGUGGUGGUGCAAACAUCCGCAAAAUUGUUGCUGAUGCCGGUGGCCCUGCUGAUGGCAGCGCGGCUCGAUUGGUCAAGUUCCCGCGCCCUGAUAGUACCGAGUCUACGAUCCGACUGGAAGGCAACAGCAAUGUCGUUGAGAACAUCAUUGCCACGAUCGAGGCCUUUGUCAAGGAGCGGGAGGACCAGGUGACAGCCAAUGUUGAGGUUCCGCCUGCGCAACACCGUAUGCUCAUCGGUCGGGGCGGUGAUACCCGCCGUGGAAUCGAAUCGCAAUUCAAUGUGACUCUAGAUAUUCCCAAGCAGGGUUCGGGUCGUUCCGACGUCAAACUCAAGGGUGCCAGUGAUGCUGUCGAGGCCGCCAAGGAGCACAUCCUGGGCAUGCUCAAGGACCAGCAGGGCGAGACAGUGGAAGUCCCGCGACACCUGCACCACGCCGUUUCUGACAACGGCGCGUUCUUCCGUCGUCUUCGGAACGACUACCAGGUGACAGUGGACCACGCGGGCCAGCAAAUUCCGCCCCGACCGGUCUCGGAAGAGUCCCGAGCCGUCGGCAACGGAGCGACCUCGCUCCCGCUCAUCACAGACGACCCAAGCGAAUCCCUCGACGCUCACUCCUGGAAGGUCAUCGACAACGCCGUCGAGGCUGACCCCUCGCAGCCCGCCACCUUUCCCUGGGUUCUGCUGGGCAGCGGCGACAACGUAACCCGCGCCAAGACAGCACUGGAGAAGGCCAUCUCCAGCGCCUCGCAGCAGUCCUCAACAGGUUACCUGAUCCUGCCCGACCCCAAGACCUACCGCUUCGUUGUCGGCCAGGGCGGUAGCCAGAUCAACACGAUCCGCAAGAAGACCAACUGCCGGAUCAACGUGCCCAAGGACCAGGCCAAGGGCGAAGCGAUCGAAGUCAAGGGAAGCAAGGACGCCGUCGAACAAGCUAAGGAGUUGAUUCUGGAAGCCGUUGCGGCUGGAUUGGCUGGUCGUUAA